AUGCAAUGCGCCCAGACGAGUUUUCAGAUGCAGUAUCUGCGUCAAGCGCAACCUCAAAUGAGACUACGACGUCCGCUGAAGGACGAGCUCGAGCUGCUAGGCAUCGCAUUUGGCCGCGCCAGCUUGAAGAACCGCUACGUCACCAAAAGGAGAAGAAGCAUGGCUGUCGGCUCAAUCUAUCCGCGGCGGUCAUACUACCUCUGA